AUGUGUUUCUUUACUCAUACAGUCGUUCUUGGUGUCGGAUAUUGGAUUGGAAAACAGUAUAGCGAUGGAUUUAGGGUUAGCCAACUUCCAAUCGACCCAAAUAAUCCGAAUACUCAAGAAUAUGUGAUCCACGUGGAGAAGAAGCCAAAUUGUGCGUUCUGGCAGAAAUCCAGAUGCUGUGAGGAGCACCCGAGUGUUCCUAAAAAAGAGGAAUAA